AUGCUGACAGCGACUCUCCCAAAGCUCCACGAUGGUUCUAGCAGCGAGGAUGACUACAACAGAAAGAUAGAAGUUGUCUUCGACAAUGAAGUUGCCCGCCGACGCAAAUCCUCCACCGUGCUUGCGGAAACUCCUACAGUCGAGAAGCCUAAGAGAAUCCAGGCCGAACGCACGAAAUCGCAGUGCCUGGUCCACAAACUGGUCGAGAAAAGCUCAUUGGGUCAACAACCCAAAGUCGAGUCAAAGCUGGAACAGAUCGACGAAAUAGAGCCGGGUUCGAGGUCAGAUGUCAAUGGGCAGAAUCUGAGUAAAGAGGAGAUCCGCGCGACAGAAUCCCGCCUGCUCACGAAAAAACAAUUGAGUGACAUGGCCGUGAGUGUGAGGACCAUGGCCAAGAGGUUGGGUAAUCUCAAGGUGAAACUCAGGGUGCGGGCCAUCUUCCUGCUCACCAAAAUAUACGACAAGACAUUGAUUACCAAAACACGAGAGGUGACAAGAUGGUUGCUUUCCAAGGACAGACCCGUACCUUAUAUUGUAUACGUGGAGGACAAUUUGAAGGACAGCCCGUUGUUCGAUGCCGAGGGUCUCUUUGCUGAGGAUCCUUCCUUUCGAGAGCGGCUGAGGUAUUGGGAUGCCGACCUGGCCCGGAGGCACCCCCACACCUUCGACUUCGUUGUGACAUUGGGCGGUGAUGGGACAGUGCUUUAUGCGAGCUGGCUGUUCCAGAGAGUAGUGCCACCUGUGCUAUCAUUUGCGCUCGGUUCAUUGGGAUUUCUUACAAAGUUUGAUUUCGACAAUUACCAGCACAUACUCUCGCAGGCUCUUAAAGAUGGCGUGACGAUUAGUUUGAGAUUGCGGUUCGAGGGCACUGUUAUGCGCUCCAACAAGCGAGCCGACGAUGCCGAAUGCCGGGACAUUGUGGAAGAGCUGAUUGGAGAGGAAGCUGAUGAUCGAAAUACUCAUAGACCGGACCGGACAUUUGAGAUUCUCAACGAUAUCGUCGUCGAUAGGGGCCCCAAUCCGACAAUGUCGACCAUUGAGCUUUUCGGAGACGAAGAACACCUUACAACAGUUCAAGCAGAUGGAAUUUGCGUUGCAACCCCCACUGGAUCUACUGCCUACAACCUUGCUGCUGGAGGAUCGCUAUGUCACCCAGAGAAUCCCGUUAUUCUGGUCACAGCAAUCUGUGCACAUACUCUGUCAUUCCGACCGAUAAUACUUCCUGAUACUAUGGUUCUUCGACUGGGAGUGCCCUUUGAUGCAAGAUCGAAUUCGUGGGCAAGUUUUGACGGGCGGGAAAGAAUUGAACUAUUUCCGGGCGACUAUGUGACCAUCUCGGCCUCUAGGUAUCCGUUUGCUAACGUCAUGCCACCUGGACGCCGAAGCGAGGAUUGGGUCAACAGCAUUUCAAGGACUCUACAGUGGAAUUCCAGACAACGACAGAAGGCGUAUCAUGAAUGGGAUGGGGAGAAGACAGCGAAAGAAGCACCGGCAAAGAACUGA